GCAGCACCCUGUCUCACUCAGCCGCUCACAGGGGAUCGGAGCACGUCUUUUCACGCAAAGCCGCACCAGUCUUCAUGCUGACGGGGCUGUUGGAUUGCACUACAUACGAGAUAGCCUGUUUCUAAACUCAUCACACGUUCGCUUUUGCACUUUUCUCCUCUCCGUCUGCCAGUUUAUUUCUUCAGAAAUCGUCAAACUUAAUCAACAUGAGCUGGCAAGGUUACGUGAACAGUCUGAUGGCCGAUGGUACAUGUCAGGACGCGGCGAUUAUCGGCUAUAAGCAUCCCAACCAGUCCGUCUGGGCCAGUGUCGCAGAUAAAUUCUUUCAGAACAUCACGAUUGACGAAAUUAAUGCACUUCUUAACAAAGAUCGGUCUCCCAUGCUAAUCAAUGGCUUGCAUCUGGGUGGUCUACAUUGCUCAGUACUUCGGGACAGUCUUUUUGUAGAUGGAGAAAACACUAUAGACUUGCGCACAAAAGCUUCAGAUGGCCCCACUUUUAACAUCUGUCUAGCCAAAGCUAAUCAAACUUUUGUUGCUGUAAUGGGAGCUGAAGGGACCUCUGGAGGCAAUUUGAACAAGAAGGCAUUUGAUAUGAGAGACUAUUUGAAAAAGGCGAGCUUUUGAUUUUUGUUCCAUAAUCCCUACUGGACCAAGAGUGUGCCUUAAAAUGACAUCAGGAGGUGCUGUUCUACUGAUUCUGGCUGCUUUUUGCAUUUCAAAGUGCAUCUGCAUUUCCAGUCCACAUGCAGAAUCAUGUUUGUCUGGGUUUGUUUUUUUGUUUCCUCCUUCCCCUGUAUAUCAAAAGUACAUCACAAAUAAAUGAAACAAGUGCA